GGAACCAACGAGCAGAAGAAAGAGGAGUUGGAGCGAGCGAAGUUCUCUACGCAACGUCAGAGAGACAGGGGAGAAGGUGCUCCGGUCUCUUGUUUUCCCUUGCCAUGGCGACCCGUUCGGAUGUCUCUGUUGGAGAAGGAGUAGUCGCGAAGAAGCAGAACAGGGGACCACCUUUGAAGUUCCUUGCGCCCCUGAUUUAUGCACCCAUUCUUCCACUCAUUAGGAUAGGACUUCGGAGGAACCCGGUCGUUCGGGAUCGAUUGUUCACGGCUGUUCUGGCAGGGGGGUUUCUUCAUGGUUUUUACUUAGUAACCGAUCUGUAUGAUGUGGAGAGCAAAUCAUAAAGUCUUGCCAAUAGUUUGGUUCCAGAUUCUAUGUUCCAGCCAGGUUCCUGCACUUAUGGUCAUCUGGAGGUUUGAGAUUGUGAUGGCGUAACCUUCAUUUGGUGUUUUUUCUUUUUCCAGUUUAUAUUUCCUAAAAGACUGUUUACUUAUGAGCAAUGUCAUUUGCAACGGCCGUCUAAUAAGUGAAACAUUGAUUUUUGUAAUUUAUUGAAUUUUGUUAACCCCUUGACAUGGGGAACUUUUUUUCAUUUACUUGAGGCAAACAAUGUUGGGAAGGAAAAAAUUUUGAAUACAUGAUAUAUUGUGUGUUUCUGUAA